UUUCUUUUUAAAGUAAAAUCAAAUCCUGGCUCCUAGAUGCAACCUGAGAAGGGCUGCCUGGAACUUGCGGUCCCAACACUUCUUCCUCAGAAAUACCCAUGCCUGUUGUAAUCUGUAGCACAGUUGAGGCAGGGUUGGAGCAUUAAAGAGUCCUUUCUAAGGUCUCAGGAGUAACUGAAGGAAAAACGAAGGCAGAAAGGACCCAAAUCAGCAUUCUUAGCCCUCUGACACACGCUGGGAUCAAAGUUUUAAGUAGCAAGGCGUUUGUCACCAAUGACAAAGUGUUAGCAUUUUUGAAAGACUCACCUUAUACAAUUUGGUGAAUUCAAAGUUACUCCUAUUGCAAGGUGUGGUCUCCUUUGGGAACCAAGGGAAAGCUCUUCUUCCUGCUUGGCUUCUACCUUUAACCCGUGGGAAUAUCCCCUGAUACAUCGAAACUACAAUCCAGACCCAAGAGAGCAAGGACAAGAAAAAGGUCAAGAUGGGGUUUAUAUUUUCAAAAUCUAUGAAUGAGAACAUGAAAAGCCAGCAGGAGUUCAUGCUUAUGAAUGCCCGACUUCAGCUGGAAAGGCAGCUAAUGAUGCAGAAUGAAACGAGAGAAAGACAAAUGGCUAUGCAGAUUGCUUGGUCUCGGGAAUUCCUCAAAUAUUUUGGAACUUUUUUUGGCAUUGCAGCCGUCUCUUUAACAGCUGGAGCAAUUAAAAAGAAGAAGCCUGCCUUCCUCUUCCCUAUCGUUCCAUUAGGCUUUGUCCUUGCCUACCAGUAUGACAUGGGCUACGGGACCCUUAUACAAAGAAUGAAAGGUGAAGCCGAGAACAUACUGGAAACAGAAAAGAGUAAGUUGCAGCUGCCAAAAGGAAUGAUCACUUUUGAAAACCUUGAAAAGGCAAGAAGGGAACAGAGUAAAUUCUUCAUAGACAAAUGAAAUCAUGUUUACCCACCAAAUCUCAAAAUACAGAAUUGUUGACUUGAAUCAUGGCCUUUACAAUUUUUUAAAUGCUUGAGAUUUUGAUAUAAUGGUUUUUAUUUUAAAAUAAUAAAAUUUAAGAUGAACUUUGUUAAAUUAUUUUAAAAUAAAAUGUAUAACAUUCAACACAAAAUCAUGGAGGUACUCUACUUUCAGAUUUCCUCUAUAUGUGUGUGUAUCACAAACAUCUAAAUGUAAAAUUAAUAAACUAUAUUUUUUUGAGUUUCUGGAAGCAAAA